CAGCGCGGCCGCCGCAGUCCCGACGCCGUAGCCGGACGUGGAGUCCAGGGGGCGCUGUGGCCCAGCGGCGCGGGCGGCAGGAGCGGCCACCCCGACGCUGGAGGCUUCGCCGAGGAUCCCCGCCUGCCGCACCUCUGUCGUCCCGCCGCAGCCUUGCGCCCCCGGCCCGGCUCGGCGGCGCUCCUCCGGGAUCCGCGUGGCUGCUGCGGCCCGGGCGCCGAUGCGGCUGGGUGGGCGCCGGGCCUCAGCAGCAGUAGCAGCCGAAGCCGCAGCGACCGCAGCUCCUACAGUAGUGGGAGGUUUCGCGGUGGCGCCUGGGGCCGCGUCGGUGCCCUCCGGAGGAGGCUUUCGGCUCAGGGACGACCCCCCUGGCCAUGCUGAAGCGGAGGCUGCUGCUGCUCGAGGAUCAAACAGAGCAUACUGAAUCAGCAGGACUGGCUGAUGGUGCAGCAAGCAUCAUGAGUAAGCACCGAGAAGUCUGUUCCUUAUCACGUGUGUAAGGGGAAAAAGGUUUAAACAAGUCUCUUAAGUGGUGUUUCCUCACCGAUGGAGAAUUACUUCCAAGCAGAAGCUUACAACCUGGACAAGGUGUUAGAUGAAUUUGAACAAAACGAAGAUGAAACAGUUUCUUCUACUUUAUUGGAUACAAAGUGGAAUAAGAUUCUAGAUCCCACUUCUCACCGGCUAUCAUUUAACGCUGCUUUGGCCAGUGUGAAUGAAUCUGCAGUUUCUAAUGAGUCACAGCCACAACUGAAAGUCUUCUCCGUGGCUCAUUCAGCUCCCCUGACCACAGAGGAAGAGGAUCAUUGUGCUAAUGGACAGGACUGUAAUCUAAAUCCAGAGAUUGCCACAAUGUGGAUUGAUGAAAAUGCUGUUACAGAAGAUCAGUUAAUUAAGAGAAACUAUAGUCGGGAUGAUCAAUGCAGUGCUGUUGAAGUAGGAGAGAAGAAAUGUGGAAACCUGGCUUGUCUGCCAGAUGAGAAGAAUGUUCUUGUUGUAGCUGUCAUGCAUAACUGUGAUAAAAGGACAUUACAAAACGAUUUACAGGAUUGUAAUAAUUAUAAUAGUCAAUCCCUUAUGGAUGCUUUUAGCUGUUCACUGGAUAAUGAAAACAGACAAACUGAUCAGUUUAGUUUUAGUAUAAAUGAGUCCACUGAAAAAGAUAUGAACUCAGAGAAACAAAUGGAUCCAUUGAGUAGACCAAAAAUAGAGGGGAGUCCUGUUAACCAUCUGUGUGCUACUUCGUCUGAUAGUCUAGCCAGUGUCUGUUCCCCUUCACAAUUAAUGGAUGAUGAAAGUAUAGGUGGAGAUCCUUCCAUGUCUACGAUUACAAGCUUAACAGUUGAUUCAGUAAUCUCAUCCCAGGGAACAGAUGGAGGUCCUAUUAUUAAAAAGCAAGAGAACUGUAUACCAGAUGAGGACCUCACUGGCAAAAUCAGCUCUCCUAGGACAGAUCUAGGGAGUCCAAAUUCCUUUUCUGACAUGAGUGAGGGGAUUUUGAUGAAUAAAGAGCCAGCAGAGGAGAGCACAACUGAAGAAUCCCUCCGGUCUGGUUUACCUUUGCUUCUCAAACCAGAUGUGCCUAAUGGGUCUGGAAGGGAUAAUGACUGUGAACGAUUUUCAGAUUUCCUUGUGCCUAGUGAAGUUAGGGCUGUUGAAAAUGAAGGUUAUGAACACGAAGAAAUUCUUGGCACUACAGAAUUCCUUAAUAUCACAGAGCAUUUCUCUGAAUCUCAGGACUUGACUAAUUGGAAGUUGACUAAACUAAAUGAGAUGAAUGAUAGCCAAAUAAACGAAGAAAAGGAAAAGUUUCUACAGAUUAGUCAGCCUGAGGACACUAAUGGUGAUAGUGGAGGACAGUGUGUUGGAUUGGCAGAUGCAGGUCUAGAUUUAAAAGGAACUUGCAUCAGUGAAAGUGAAGAAUGUGAUUUCUCCACUAUAGAUACACCAGCAGCAAAUUCUCUAUCUAAUGGUUGUGAUUCCUAUGGAAUGCAGAGCCCAGGUGUUUCUUUUGUUCCAAAGACUUUACCCUCCAAAGAAGAUUCAGUAACAGAAGAAAAAGAAAUAGAGGAGAGCAAGUCAGAAUGCUACUCAAAUAUUUAUGAACAGAGAGGAAAUGAGGCCACAGAAGGAAGUGGACUGCUUUUAAACAGCCCUGGUGACCUAAUGAAGAAAAAUUAUUUACGUAAUUUCUGUAGUCAAGUUCCAUCAGUGCUUGGGCAAUCUUCCCCCAAGCUAGUAGCAAGCCUGCCAUCUAUCAGUGUUCCUUUUGGUGGUGCAAGACCCAAGCAACCUUCUAAUCUUAAACUUCAAAUUCCAAAGCCAUUAUCGGACCAUUUACAAAAUGACCUUCCUGCAAACAGUGGAAAUAAUACUAAAAAUAAAAAUGAUAUCCUUGGGAAAGCAAAAUUAGGGGAAAACUCAGCAACCAAUGUAUGCAGUGCAUCUUUGGGAAACAUCUCUAAUGUUGAUACAAAUGGGGAACAUUUAGAAAAUUAUGAGGCUGAUAUCUCCAAUAGACCAUGCCUUGCAUUAGCUCCAGAUAGCCCAGAUAAUGAUCUCAGAGCUGGUCAGUUUGGAAUUUCUGCCAGAAAGCCAUUCACCACUCUGGGUGAGGUGGCUCCAGUAUGGGUACCGGAUUCUCAGGCUCCAAAUUGCAUGAAAUGUGAAGCCAGGUUUACAUUCACCAAAAGGAGGCAUCAUUGCAGAGCAUGUGGGAAGGUUUUCUGUGCUUCCUGCUGUAGCCUGAAAUGUAAACUGUUAUACAUGGACAGAAAGGAAGCUAGAGUGUGUGUAAUCUGCCAUUCAGUCCUAAUGAAUGCUCAAGCCUGGGAGAACAUGAUGAGUGCAUCAAGCCAGAGCCCUAACCCUAACAAUCCUGCUGAAUACUGUUCUACUAUCCCUCCCUUGCAGCAAGCUCAGGCCUCAGGAGCUCUGAGCUCUCCACCUCCCACUGUGAUGGUACCUGUGGGAGUUUUAAAGCACCCUGGAGCAGAAGUGGCUCAGCCCAGAGAGCAGAGACGAGUUUGGUUUGCUGAUGGGAUCUUGCCCAAUGGAGAAGUUGCUGAUGCAGCCAAAUUGACGAUGAAUGGAACUUCCUCUGCAGGAACCCUGGCUGUGUCACAUGACCCAGUCAAGCCAGUAACUACCAGUCCUCUACCAGCAGAGACGGAUAUUUCUCUAUUCUCUGGGAAUAUAACUCAGGUUGGAAGUCCUGUCGGAAGUGCAAUGAACCUUAUUCCUGAAGAUGGCCUUCCUCCUAUUCUCAUCUCCACUGGUGUAAAAGGAGACUAUGCUGUGGAAGAGAAACCAUCACAGAUUUCAGUAAUGCAGCAGUUGGAGGAUGGUGGUCCUGACCCACUUGUAUUUGUUUUAAAUGCAAAUUUGUUGUCAAUGGUUAAAAUUGUAAAUUAUGUGAACAGGAAGUGCUGGUGUUUCACAACCAAGGGAAUGCAUGCAGUGGGUCAGUCAGAGAUAGUCAUUCUUCUACAGUGUCUACCGGAUGAAAAGUGUUUGCCAAAGGAUAUCUUUAAUCACUUUGUGCAGCUUUAUCGGGAUGCUCUGGCAGGGAAUGUGGUGGGCAACUUGGGACAUUCCUUCUUCAGUCAGAGUUUCCUUGGCAGUAAAGAACACGGUGGAUUCUUAUAUGUGACGUCUACCUACCAGUCACUGCAAGACCUAGUACUCCCAACCCCACCUUACUUGUUUGGGAUUCUUAUCCAGAAAUGGGAAACUCCUUGGGCCAAAGUGUUUCCUAUUCGUCUGAUGUUGAGACUUGGAGCUGAAUAUCGACUUUAUCCAUGCCCACUGUUCAGUGUCAGAUUUCGGAAGCCAUUGUUUGGAGAGACGGGGCAUACCAUCAUGAAUCUUCUUGCAGACUUCAGAAAUUACCAGUAUACCUUGCCAGUAGUUCAAGGUUUGGUGAUUGAUAUGGAAGUUCGGAAAACCAGCAUCAAAAUUCCCAGCAACAGAUACAAUGAGAUGAUGAAAGCCAUGAACAAGUCCAAUGAGCAUGUCCUAGCAGGAGGUGCCUGCUUCAAUGAAAAGGCAGAUUCUCAUCUUGUGUGUGUGCAGAAUGAUGACGGAAACUAUCAGACUCAGGCUAUCAGUAUUCACAAUCAGCCCAGAAAAGUGACUGGUGCCAGUUUCUUUGUGUUCAGCGGUGCUCUGAAAUCCUCUUCUGGAUACCUUGCCAAGUCCAGUAUUGUGGAAGAUGGCGUUAUGGUCCAGAUCACUGCAGAGAACAUGGAUUCCUUGAGGCAGGCACUGAGAGAGAUGAAAGACUUCACCAUCACCUGUGGGAAGGCGGAUGCGGAGGAUCCCCAGGAGCACAUCCACAUCCAGUGGGUGGAUGAUGACAAGAACGUUAGCAAGGGGCUUUUGUUUGGAGAACAGGUGUUUUUCCUAGAAAAUGAUGACCAGCACAAUUGCCUCAGUGAUCCUGCAGAUCACAGUAGAUUGACUGAGCAUGUUGCCAAGGCUUUUUGCCUUGCUCUCUGUCCUCACCUGAAGCUUCUGAAAGAAGAUGGAAUGACCAAACUGGGACUACGUGUGACACUUGACUCAGAUCAGGUUGGCUAUCAAGCAGGGAGCAAUGGCCAGCCCCUUCCCUCGCAGUAUAUGAAUGAUCUAGACAGCGCCUUGGUACCGGUGAUCCAUGGAGGGGCCUGCCAGCUCAGUGAGGGCCCUGUCGUCAUGGAACUCAUCUUUUAUAUUCUGGAAAACAUCACAUAAACAGAGAAGACUUCAUUUUUUUUCUGUUCAGACCUGUUGCAACAGCAGUCAUACCCAAAUCAUUUGCACUUUAAAACUGGAAGAUUAAGCUUUUGUUAACACUAUUAAUGGGGUGGGGUAUAGGGUGGGAGUGAGGGUUUGGGAGACAGGUGGGAAAGGGUGGUUGGGGGGACAGAUGUUCCAUAAUUCUAAGUCUUCUAUGCAUUGUCCACCAAGAAGAUAUGGGCAGCUUCUGUUCCUGCACAACAGUUAUGCUAUCCUUGCAGCUAAUCCCCUUCUGUUACUCUUUAGACAAGAAUUCUGCUCCUCUCUCAAGAUUUACUUAUGGUCAUGUGCUCAGAAAUGCUCAAAUGGGUACAACCAUCACCAAGGGUGGGAUGGGAGGGCAGAGGGGAAAUAAAAUAUGAAGCAUCAGUUCUUGCA